AUGGCUGCCCCCAUGGCUACAUAGCAGCUUAUUUAUAUAAAUUAUCAAAACAAAAAUCAAAAACACUAAUGGACACCUCAGUGGAUUUUGAGUUUCUUUCUUGCCCUGCCCUUGUGACAUUUGAGUUGUCACAAUUACAGAAAGCUGCAUCUGAUCUUGCUUUAAAAUACAACAAGGAUUUGGAUGCUUCUGAAUUGUGCUCAGAGAUUGAGAGCUUUAGACAUCAAGUGGAAGCUAUAUUGCCAGAUGCAAAGUCUGCAACACCUUUAGACCUGUGUCAGAUGAUACAGGACUAUUCACUUGCAGAUUGUUAUCCAAACAUCGAUACUGCAUUUCGCAUAUUCCUGACUUUGCCUGUAACUGUAGCAUCAUGCGAAAGAAGUUUUAGUAAGCUGAAACUUAUUAAAAAUUAUUUACGUUCAUCUAUGGGACAAGAGAGGCUUUCAAACCUCAGCAUCCUUUCAAUUGAGCAUGAGAUGGCAAGGAAAAUAGACUUCGAUGAUGUUAUAGAUCAUUUUGCUGCCAUGAAAGCAAGAAAAAUUGCACUUUAAGUUCUUUAUGUUCUACUGUACUUAUUACCUUUUUUACUUGAAUGUUGAAUGUGUUUACAACUGUAGGUUAAAUGUCUUUGUGUUUUUGCCACAGCGACAUGACCAUUUUUCAUAUUUGCACAAUUCAGUGUAUA